AUGUCGACCGCUUUGGAUAUCAGAAACCCUCGUGUCUCGAUCGAGUACUGCACAAAAUGUCGUUGGAUGUUACGGGCAGCAUGGUUUGGUCAGGAACUGCUUACGACAUUUGACACAAAGAUUGGUGAGCUGGCUCUUAUCCCUGGUGAUUCAGCAGUGUUCCGCGUCAAAGUAAAUGAUGUAUUGAUUUGGGACCGUAAAGAGAAAGGACGAUUCCCCGAAGUCAAAGAAGUGAAACAACUUGUUCGAGAUAUCAUUGCCCCCGAUAUGCCACUUGGUCAUUCGGAUCGGAAAAAGCCAGCAAGUACGAACGAUGAUAAGGAGACUAAGCAGCAACCAAAGGAAGAAAGCAAGCAAGACAACCAAGUAUGCACUACUUGCGUCGAGUAG